UCUUAUUUUAGCCAAACCUCAAGUGAUGCUUAGUUUUUUCAAAUGUCUAAAUUUUAAAAAUGAAAUUAAUCAUCAAAAACGUUUCAUAGCGAGAAAGGUUAGAAAGGUUGGCAAGACAAAAUUAUUUCGUGUUAACAUGCCUCCCCAAUAUACAGACAAAGAAAAUAAAAUGAUAUGGAAUAAUAUAUUUGAAUAUAGAACUCAAGUCAAAUCAAUUAGAAAUUACUUUGAAAUGAUAGAAAAUGACAAAAAAUUAAGAGGAGGCAAAGAUGACAUGGAAAGACAAAUCAGGGAAACAGAAAUUACCAGAUUAAUUUGUGAAAAUGACAAAGAGAAUGAAAGGAUCAGUAAAUUAAGAGAACAAAAAAUGUUAGAAGAAUGGAUGGAAAAACAGGAACAAGAAAUUCAAACAUUCUUAGAAGAGAAAGAUAAAACCCUGAUUAGGCUGGAAAAUGCUGAUAGGAAAAUUGAAGAAUUACAAGCUAAAAGCGUUAAUUUCGUGACAAACAUGGAAGAUCUCGACAAACUCAUAGAAAAAUCGCUUUCAAAUAUCGUAGAUCAUAAUUUUGCCUUAACGCCAGACGGAGAAAAAAUCAUGGGAGAUAUACCAUCCAAAUUGAAUUACUGAAAAAAAAUUAUAAAUUUUUUAAAAAAUAAUUAUUAUUUUUAGAAAAUUGUGUAUUUAUAUAAAUAUCUAUUUUCUAUUGUAGAAAGACGUGUGCUAAAAAUGUGAUCCCGAAGUUGUUAUUUAUAAUUUUAUUCGUAACAAUAAUACAUGACAGGUAAUCAAAAGUACAUAGAAGUAUAUCACUGUAUCAAACAUAUAAUACAUCAUCAAAAUGUUCAUGUCACGAAAUCAAA